AUGGACAGCGACACAACGGCUCCAUACAAAAGCGUAGGCCUGAAGAGCGCUCACUUUCCUCUCGCUGUGUCUCUACGUGAGGAGCGAGUCUACUUUCCCGUCUCUAUCGUGGCGAACGGCCUACGCUUGACCGGUAGUAAAUUUGUGGUUGAACAGAGUAGGGACGCAGGCAAAUGCACUUCAUCAAAUGACGGCAUUCUUGCUCGUGGAUGUCUUAUUCGCGCGUUUUUUUGUACCGUUUAUGUCGGAAAAGACUUAUUUCUACACCUGCGAGUUAGCCUAGCCAGUGGCCUGCACAGCUGCCCGACUACGAGAGGGCUCGGGGCCCCUAUCAGUAAGCCUUUUUCUGAGAGUUUAAGUGUCAGCGCCACUCUUUUAUUUCGCCGCCAUUUCGGUGUUGAUGCAUAUGGUCCACCAUCCCUUGUUCUGGUUCCCAAAACAAAAUAGGUCAUUGCACUGUGGCAUACGUCAUGACGUAGAUGUACGUUCUACCAGGAGCGCUCGUCUCCACAGAUGCUUCCCCUUCCACACGAAACGAGGGGACGGCGACCGCAUGGCUCCUCGUGAUUUGUUCUUGCAGUGUGUUGCUUCGUAUUACCUUCUUAAAUCUAUGUUUUCUUGGUAGAUCUCCCAGAAGGAGCUCUCUUCAAAAGUGGAGGGAGAUGUCCGCCUCCGAUGCCAGGAGCGGGAUUCAGCGAAGCGCAGUGCAGAUGCAACGGGGCAAGCGAGCGCAGAUUUAUGUCGAUCUGGAGUCUAGCAC